CAGUAUAAUCAGCACAGGUGGUUAAUGUAGCGCUAUAAACGCGUGUGAGGACCAAACACAGCGGAACGACACAGAUGCUCUCUAGCGCCACCUUCAAGUCACCAUGACAAGAGACCCGUCAGUCUUGCUGCUGCUCCUAACACUGCUGGACACACAGCUGUGUCUCUGUGAGGAUGGGCUUGUCGUGGCGAUGAUGAGCGAUAUCCCAGAAUCCUCUCUUGAUCUGAAAGUGACACGCGAGCAGAUCCUCUCGGCACAGUUUGAGUGUUACCUGAAGAUCAUGUACGAGCCGCGGCGCAGCGACCCGGGCCCAUACUGUAACCGCACAUGGGACGGGUGGCUCUGCUGGGGAGACUCCGCCCCAGGCACCGCAGUUCAGCUAUGCCCCGCCUACUUCCAGGACUUUGAUCCAACCGAGAAAGUGACCAAAGUGUGCGCCUCAGACGGCCACUGGUUUCGUCACCCGGAGAGCAACCGUCUGUGGUCCAAUUACACGCAGUGCUCUGCUUACACUAAGCACAAACUCGAGCUCACGUUAGUGAAUUACUAUCUGGCGAUGGUGGGGCAUGUCCUGUCCAUCAUCUCGCUGCUCAUCUCCAUCUGCAUCUUCUCAUACUUCAAGUGUUUGAGCUGCCAGCGGAUCACGCUUCAUAAAAACAUGUUCACCUCCUUCAUCCUGAACUCGUUCGCCACCAUCGGCUGGUUCUACUUCGUCAUCGGAGAUCAGCGGACCAGAACAGACUCGUCUCAGAUCGGCUGUAAGCUGCUGGCUAGUAUCAUGCAGUACACCUCCUGCUCCAACUACUUCUGGAUGCUGUGUGAGGGGAUCUACCUGCACACGCUCAUCAUCGUGGCUGUGUUUGUGGGAGAGCAGCAGCUGGGCUGGUAUUACGUCCUCGGCUGGGGUUUCCCAGUGAUCCCUGCUGUCCUGCACGCCGUGGCCCGUCUGCUCUUCCACGACGACAGGUGUUGGAUCAUGAACAUAAAGCUGCUGUACAUCACACACGGCCCCAUUCACGUCGCUUUGCUGGUGAACCUGUUUUUCCUGCUGAACAUUGUGCGGGUGCUGAUCACCAAACUGCGGGUCACUCACCGCACCGAGACCAAUGUCUACAUGAAGGCGGUUCGCGCCACCAUCAUCCUGGUUCCUCUGCUGGGCGCUCAGUUCAUCCUGGUGCCGCUGGAGCCCAGCGGACGCGUCUCUCUAGCUGUCUACGAGCUCUUCAUGAACAUCUUUGUGCAUUUCCAGGGCCUCCUGGUGGCCAUAAUCUUCUGCUUCUAUAAUGGAGAGGUGCAGUCGGCACUGAGGCGUAAGUUUGCGCAGUAUCGCGGUCAGCGGAAGCGCUGGCCUCUGGUGACCACUGACUCUCACUGUAACUACCACACCAACUCGUCCAUCACCGAGACCAGCCGCGCCACCAUCAGCCUGGAGCACGACCCGGCCAACACGAGCGGCACCGCGCACGCACUCAACAGCCAGAGCAAUGGCAAACGCUGCUUCAGUGACGGGCCCAAGAGCUGCGACGUCCUCGAGUCGACUGAAAUAUGAGCGUCUGUCUCAUCAUACGCACUAAUGCCACCAACGCUACAGUGCAUUCCCAGCUAACAAACGUGUGCUAAGAACGUUUUGCUAACGUUCC